UUGUUAAAUAAGCAGCCUUCAUGUGGGGCACUUGUGUUUUCAGGGAGAUCUCAAAGCCUCUGGUGCCUCUGGGGAAGGCCGGCGUGCUGCUGGCACAGAUCCUCCAGCUCCUCUGCAAAGGAAUGACUCCUCAGAAGGUCGGGGCUUUAUGGAAAGAGGCUGGACUGAGCUGGAAUGAAAUCUUGCCCAAGGAUGAAGAUGUCAACACGUUUGUCACAGAUCAGAAAGUUGAAUUCACUGUAGAUGAAGAAAUGAAGUCAAAGGACGUUGGGAGGAAAAAUGUCCUCAGUGGAGAAGAGAUCAGUAAACAGCUGGACAGACUCCUGCAAGACAAGGCCAACAACCAACGGAUCCGGGACUGGAUUGAGGCUAAUUUGGAGGAUCAGCAGACGGUGAACAACCAGUUUAUACGAAGGUUGAUGACAUCAGUGUGCCAGUCGGUCAUCAUAUGCGAUAAUCCAUACAAGGUGGAUAUGGAGCAGAUCAAGAAUAGAGCCCCUCUGCUGCAGAGAUACCUGUGUGAUGAGGAGAAGGAGCUGCAGGCCCUCUAUGCCCUCCAGGCUCUCAUGGUUCACAUGGAGCAGCCUGCAAACCUGCUGCUGAUGUUCUUCAACACUCUGUACGAUGAGGACGUGAUUAAAGAGGAGGCCUUCUACAAAUGGGAAUCCAGCAAAGACUCUGCAGAGCAAACUGGCAAAGGCGUCGCCCUAAAAUCCGUCGCCAUCUUCUUCACUUGGCUCCGGGAGGCUGAUGAAGAGUCCGACACGGAUUGAGGCAACAACAAAACAAUAACACAACAACAAAAAAGCUGCCGCUUAACUUUAUCAAGAAUUGUGCUCUGUAGGCAGCUGUGGAGACUCAAAGACAAUGUUGCCAGUGUGGCAGACUCAAAUAAGUCCUCAAUGAGGACACAUCUUUUUUUCUCCCUCCUUUUUCUUUUCUGUGAGAGAUGGACUCAGAAAAUAAUGAUGUUUCUCCUCCCUUUCCUGUUGUCCUCAAAUAAAAUUGAAAACGCA